CUUCAGACACAGGGGAUCACCGAUCACGGAAAGAGCCGAAGAUGUCGGCUCGUUCAUGUUAUCAGCUGUAUCCAAUCACAGCUGAUCACAUGGGACAUGUACACUGAUCAUCAGGGCACUGAUGAUCAUUGUGCCCUGAUGAUCAGUGUAGCCCCAGCAGUGCCACCUGUCAAAGUCCAUCAGUGCCAGCUGUCAGUGCCGAUCAGUGCCACAUCAAUGCCACAUAGUGCAUACCAGUGCACAUCAAUGCCACAUAUGUGCCCAUCUGAGCUGCCUUUCAGUGUCAUCCAUCAGUGCCAGUCAGUGCCACCUAUCAAUGCCAAUCAGUGCCAUCUAUCAGUGCUGCCAAUCAGUGCCACCUACCAGUGCCAGUCAGUGCCGCCUAUCAGUGCCAGUCAGUGCCGUCUAUCAGUGUGCAUCAGUGCCACCUAUCAGUGCCAGUCAGUGCCACCUAACAGUGCCAUAUAUCAGUGCCAUGUAUCAGUGCUGCCUUUCAGUGCCCAUCAGUGAUGCCUGUCAAUGCCCAUCAGUGCCACCUACCAGUGCCUCCUCAUCAGUGCCCAUCAGUGCCACCUAUCAGUGUCCAUCAGUGCAGCCUAUCAGUGCCCAUCACUGCAGCCUCAUU